GCAUCGUCCCCAGUUCAAAAUGGCGGAAAGGGGAAACUUCUGAGCGAGUAUAAUAUAAGGUUUUAGGUUCAUUUUUCAGGACAAAGUUGGACAAAUGUUUUCCCGAUUUGGUAUUGGAAGAGUUUUAGGGAUCAGUGGUCGUCUAUCAAAUACAUGCGUAUCAUUGAAGCCAGAAAAAGUUUUGUUGGCAUCUCAAAGCAGUGCAAUCCACAGUUCAAAUACCAGAAUGAACAGUACAGAACAGUACAAAUUUGAAACUCUUGCUGUGACUAAACCACAGGAACAUGUGAUUCAGGUGGAACUUAACAGACCAGACAAAAGAAAUGCCAUGAAUGGAACAUUUUGGAGGGAAAUGGUGGAUUGUUUUCGGCAGAUUGGUGAUGAUUCUGACUGCAGAGCUGUAGUUUUAACUGGAGCAGGAAAAAUCUUCACUGCAGGUCUUGAUCUGAUGGAUAUGGGGAGUGAUUUGAUGAACUCUGACUUGGAACCCUCCAGAAGAGCUCAUAUGCUGAGAAAACUCAUCCUCUUCCUACAAGAGUCAUUUCGUAGCAUUGAAAAAUGUCCACAGCCAGUCAUUGCAGCAGUUCACUCAGGGUGUGUGGGUGGAGGAGUUGAUAUGAUCUGUUCCUGUGACAUCCGUCUUUGCUCCUCUGAUGCUUGGUUUCAAAUUAGGGAAAUUGACAUAGGGCUGGCUGCAGAUUUGGGUACUUUGCAGAAAUUUCCAAAAAUUAUUGGAAAUGACAGUCUUGCAAGAGAACUUUGCUUCACUGGUAGACGAUUCACAGCUGAGGAAGCUUUGCAAUUUGGAUUUGUAAGUCGCGUCAGCCCAGGCCGUGAUAUUCUUUUAAAGGAUGCGUUGGAGCUAGCAGGCCAGAUCGCCAAGAAAAGUCCUGUUGCCAUGGCAGGGACCAAGCACAACCUUAAUUUUUCAAGAGACCAUUCAGCACAAGAGGGCUUGGAAUACAUGGCCACUUGGAACAUGGCUAUGUUACAAACGGAAGACAUUUUGAAAGCUGUACAGUCGACAAUGAACAAAGAGGAACCCGUGUUCUCAAAGCUAUAAACUAAUCUCAGUCGUAGUUGUAAACAUUGCAUUGACAUUUUGAUCUUACAAAAACUCUCCAAUAAUUGUUUGCAUAUGA